AUGCCUGCUGGCAAGCCCAAGUUCCUGCUCUUGUCGAUGCAUACUUGCAGUGGUGACAUGAGCAUGGUGGUGGUGUGGAUACUUCACUUGGUCCUGAGCAAGAGCAUGGGGAAGGAGGUGAAGAAGGAGGUGCACAUAUCAAACUGCUCACAUGGCAAGGGGUUCAAAGCCAUACCUUUCAUUGCCAAUAUGAUGGCAACAGUCUCCUUACACAUGUUCUUGAAUGCGGAUACCUUGCCACAAGCCCAGAUCAACCUCAAUUGGCCAUCUCCUUGGGCAUGA